AUCCAGUCAUCCAGAUGGAAGAAGACAGUUUGAUUGAGAUAAUAAACUCCCCAAAAUAGAAUAUUUUGGCAGCCAAGAGAUAUUUGUUUGAGUAUUUCCUAUUAAAUUUGUCAUCGUUGUUAUAAAUUUAUUAGAUUAGCAUGAUUUGCACGGCUUGAAUUCAACUCCUAUUUCAACGCUUUCUCUUUCUUCCCCCUUAAGAUUCUAAAUAAAUAACAUAAUAAUAGUUGUUAUUAUUAUUAUUAUCAAUUAUCAAUACCCGAAGAUUGAAGCGAUUCUUUUUUCAAGAAACUCAGCUAAAAGGACCCAGGAAAUAGGAAAUAGGAAAUACAUCCAUCUACACAAGACAUCAUCAGCUUUAUUUAUGCUUGUGUUGAUCACAAGUAUAUAUAUUGUCAUCAAAAUGUUAUAAAGGUUUGAAAUUGAGUGUGGAUUUCUGAGAUUUUAACAGACAUAUAUAUAUAUAUAUAUAUAUUGUUUGAUUGGGAAAAGUGGGAAUAUCAAGAUGAGGGGAAAUGUGGGGAUUGUAGUGUGUGUAUGGUUUGUUGUUUGGGGUUCGUGUUUGGGUAGAUUUGUAGUGGAGAAGAAUAAUUUGAGGGUAACUUCCCCAGCCAUCAUCAAAGGCGUGUAUAAGUGUGCGAUUGGGAAUUUCGGUGUCCCACAGUACGGAGGAAACAUGAUCGGCGUUGUGAUGCAUCCAAAUGCUAACCAGAAAGCGUGCGGAAGCUUCGACGAUGUUUCCUUGAAAUCCAAGCCUGGUCACAUGCCUGUCUUUGUUCUUGUCGAUCGAGGAGAAUGCUAUUUUACCGUAAAGGCUUGGAAUGCUCAGAGAGCCGGAGCUGCUGCCAUUUUAGUUGCUGAUGACAGGAUGGAACCUUUGAUCACCAUGGAUACCCCAGAGGAAGGAAAUGCACAGGUAGAUUAUCUACAGAAUAUAACUAUUCCUUCAGCACUUAUUAGCAAGGUGCUUGGGGAUAAAAUCAAGAAACAAUUAACAAAAGGAGAAAUGGUUGUCAUAAAUCUUGAUUGGAGGGAGGCUCUUCCACAUCCUGACGAACGGGUGGAAUAUGAGUUCUGGACAAACAGUAACGAUGAGUGCGGCCCCAAGUGUGAUAGUCAGAUAGAUUUUGUCAAAAGCUUCAAAGGAGUAGCACAGAUACUUGAGAAGAAAGGCUAUACCCAAUUCACUCCGCAUUACAUUACUUGGUAUUGCCCAGAGGCUUUUACUUUGAGCACACAAUGCAAAUCUCAGUGCAUCAACCAUGGGAGAUACUGUGCUCCAGACCCUGAACAAGACUUCAGCCGAGGAUAUGAUGGGAAGGAUGUUGUUUUGCAGAAUUUACACCAAAUUUGUUUCUUUAGGGUGGCAAAUGAAAGUGGAAAACCUUGGCUUUGGUGGGACUAUGUUACAGAUUUUUCAAUCCGCUGCCCAAUGAAAGAUAAGAAGUACACAAAAGAGUGUGCAGAUCAAGUGAUCCAAUCACUUGGCGUUGACGUUAAACAGGUUAACAAGUGUGUUGGGGAUGAAGAGGCAGAUGCUGAGAACCCUGUUCUAAAGGCUGAACAGGAAGCACAGAUAGGUAGAGGUAAUCGUGGAGAUGUGACUAUCUUGCCAACUCUUGUUAUAAACAAUAGACAGUAUAGAGGCAAGCUGGACAGAGGAGCAGUUCUCAAGGCUAUUUGCUCAGGAUUUGAGGAGACAACAGAACCCGCAAUUUGCUUAACUGCAGAUAUAGAAACAAAUGAGUGUUUACAGAACAAUGGUGGGUGCUGGCAGGAUAAGUCUUCUAACAUUACUGCAUGCAGGGACACUUUCCGUGGGAGGGUAUGUCAGUGUCCCAGUGUGCAAGGCGUGAAAUUUGUUGGUGAUGGUUAUACUCACUGCGAAGCAUCUGGAGUAUUGCGAUGUGGACUUAAUAAUGGAGGCUGCUGGAAGCAAACAAAGGAUAGCCGGACAUAUUCUGCUUGCGUUGAUGCACACGGUAGGGGUUGUGAAUGCCCAACUGGAUUCAAGGGUGAUGGUGUUGAUCAUUGUGAAGAUAUUGAUGAAUGCAAGGAGAAGGUAGCUUGCCAAUGUCCAGACUGCAAAUGCAAGAACACGUGGGGCAGUUAUGAAUGCAGUUGCCAUGGAGAUUUGUUAUACAUGUUUGAACAUGAUACGUGUAUAGCUGCAGGUCAAGACGCUAAAACUGGGUUUGGGUGGGGUACUUUUUGGGUCGUCGCCCUUGCAUUGGCUGCUGUAGGAAUUGGAGGAUAUGCAGUGUACAAGUAUCGAAUCAGGAGAUACAUGGAUUCGGAGAUCCGGGCUAUCAUGGCUCAGUACAUGCCUUUGGAUAACCAAGGUGAAGUCCCUAACCACGGGGCUUCUCAGGGAAAUGUGUGAUGUGAUUAAGAAGCUCGCCAGUUGCCGCAAUAGAAGGUUGUUGGCUGGAAUGGAUUAGGAGGUUGUUAUAUUUAUGUAUAUGUAGGAAGGACCCUUAGAAUGUGCAUAAACUCCCGGUGGGUGCCACGGGAAAUUUUUCAUCAUAUGCAGCUUUUAAUUAUAAUUUUUACUUAUCACCUACAUCA